AUGGCAAGACUGCGAAGAGAACCUGGAGGUGAUGCCAUCCCGAGUGCGCUUUCGACAAAGGCACGGAAAGUGCAAAACGAGGCGGAUACGAGCUCACCACCGCCUACGACACGGCGAAGACGGGCUAGACAUAUCAUUACCGACGACUCGGAUGAGGAUGAACCAGAGACACAUGCUAGACUCAUGCCAAAAGCCGCGACCAUCACACAAAAGAAGAGAACUCAGGUCCGACUGGCGCCUUUGGGCGCUAUACAGACAUUGAGCAGCAUCUCGAGCUUGGACAUAGCUGCAAAGGAGGAGAGUCUCGAGAAGAAGARACCUGUCAGGCGAGCGAUAUUGAAGCGAGAGACGCCGUUGGUACAAGAAAGUAGGAGUGGGAGCCAUGCGCCGGCAAGGCUAAGGAAUAAUGUCUCCGAGUCGCGUAAGGAUUCGGAAGAUGAGGAUGCGGAAGAGGAUGACGCAGAUGGUGAAGUUGCAGAAGAGGAGGAUGCGGAAGAGGAAGAUGUAGAGGAAAGCAUAUGGUGCGGUUCGGCCAGCGACCUUGAUGAGGAAUCCAACGAGGAGCUGCCUAGUAUGAAGAAGUUCUUCAAUCUGCCGCGGAGACACCAAGAACCUGCCCAGAGAUUCCCUUCACUGGACAUGGCAAAACAGAUGAAAGCUCUUACGGUCUUUGAUGAUUCGAGCGAAGCAAGGCCGACAAGAAUCUCUCCUACAAAGAAGAAAGGAAACUGUGAUAUCGCCAGCAUCUUUCAGGAUGAAGAUGAGGAGAUAUUCACCACCAAGAGCUUCCGUCCUACACAUCGGCCACAAGUCGGAGAGAUCUCGCGGCCAGGCAGCUCUUCAGACAAAGAGAAUGCCGCAGCCAUCAUUCGCUUCUCUCCUCCGCGGAAUUCAAAUCCAAUCAGAAGCCCGAGACCAUUGGACCGGCCAUUGACACCACCGCUGCAAUCGCCAUCGAAGUCUCGACUGAAGUCUCCAUCCAAACCAAGAACUCGCAUUCCCACUCCACCUCAUCGACCUAGUCUAGACGCGUUCUGGACAGCAGGCGCAGUCAAUGAGUGGAACGAUCAAUACUCUCCAAAGAAGAUACUCAAAUCUCCCCAGAAGCCUUUGUUCCAACCCACAUCAUCUUCGAGAGAUUCUGCAUCACCGCCACCAUCACCCUCGAAGCUACGAAGUCCCAGCAAAGCCGAGACUGCCUUGAGGAAGGAGUUCGUAGCACGGCGAGAAGAGUUGGCGAGGUCAUUUCUAGCUGAGUUGGACGAGACCAUCACACAAGGGCGUGUCGGAACGCUAGCAGCUAGCACAGGCGGCGUAAAACUGGUUUGGAGUAAGACUCUAACCUCUACAGCCGGACGAGCGAACUGGAGGAGAGAGACGACUAAGACUCGUGAUUCCAAGUCUUCACAGCCAACGCAAGUUCUGGCAACAAUGGAGAAACACUACGCUACCAUUGAGCUGGCCACGAAAGUCAUUGAUGAUGAGGAUCGCCUGUUGAACGUCCUUGCUCAUGAGUUUUGUCAUCUCGCAAACUUCAUGGUCAGUGGAAUCAAGGACCAGCCGCAUGGGAAGUCUUUCAAAGAAUGGGGAGCAAAAGCUACCAAAGCAUUCAAAGGCAGAGGUGUCGAGGUCACGACCAAGCAUAGUUAUACUAUUGAGUACAAGUAUAUCUGGGCGUGUGGUGGAUGGGAUGGCUGUGGUACGGAGUUCAAGCGGCACUCAAAGAGCAUUGAUCCAUCAAAGCAUCGAUGUGGUGUCUGCAAAGGUGAUCUCAUCCAAGUCAAGCCGAUCCCGAGAGGUGCCGGGAAGGGAAGUACUACGUCUCUGGAACCUGGGAAGAAGGGCGAAAAGCCAGCCGUCACGGGGUAUGCUGCUUAUGUGAAGCUGCACUUUGCAAGCGUCAAGAAGGCGUUGCCGGCUGGCAGUACCCAUAAAGAUGUGAUGCAGGCUUUGAGUAAGAAGUAUCAGGCCGAGAAAGUGGCGGGUGGGUCAUCAUCGCCUGCUGUGGAUGAAGAUCUUGCAGGUGUGGUGAAGGAUCUUGAGGCUGUCAAGCUGGGAGAUAGCCGGUCGCCGAUAGAAUUGGAUUGA